CAAUGGUUAUCAUCAAUUUCUCUCUUCUUCUUUUUUUUCUUUUAGAGUUUGAAAUUGGGAAUCGCGAUUUCAGAGCUUGAAAUUGGGAAUCACGAUUUCAGAGCUUGAAAUUGGGAAUCACGAUUUCAGAGCUUGAAAUUGGGAGAUUUUUUGAAUUUCAGAAUGAAAUUGUUUUGUGAUUUUGGUUUUGCACUGGUUUGAUUGUAGUGUUGUGCGUUUUCAGGAAAGCACCAUCCACAAAAUUCAAUCAACUCAUCUCUAAUAUAAUUGUAAGUUUUUCUGAUUUGAGAAACCCAAGAAUAGAGAAUAGAAGUGAAGCAUUUUUGUGGGUGUUAUGGGUAAUAAAACAUCAUUUUUGCUGUAGUAUACAUAUGUAUUAUAUGAAGCAUCAUUUGUUGGUGUUACGAUGUUUUUGAAGGUUUGUCUAAGUUGUAUCUAAUUAUAGGUAUGGUGUAAGUAUGGUGGAGAUAUACUCUGUUUUUGGUGAAUGGAAACUAAAUGACAAACUUCAUUGGAGAUUUUUCAUCGAUACAAACAAAGGUGGAUCACUUUGUGAAGUUGCUGAGAAUAUCACAUACAAGGAUUUAGUUGAGACUGUUUUUGAAGAUUUCGAACUUGAUGGUCUAGUUAAAGAGAUUACACUGAGCUAUGAACUUCCAAGGAUGAAAUUAAUGGUAGAAGAUUCCCCACCGAUCUUUAUUCGCAACGACCGCCAAGUGUGCACUUUCAUCAAAAAGAUACAAGGAAAUCUUGAAAUAACACGUUUGUGUGUAUCGGAAUUUCAUCAAUCAUUUGGUAGUGACAUCUCACUUUCUACGCCACGUAGUGAUACAUGCUCAACCGCUGAAAAAGAAAAGACCAGUAAUUCGUUUGUUUUGCCUGCUGCUCGAGAUCCUAUUUUGAUCCUUACAGAAAGUUCACAUCCGACUGUAAAUGAAACACACAAGGAACUUGAUCGGUAUAUUGGAAGUGAUAUCUCUACGACACAUAAUGAUAUAGAGAUCUCAACGGCUGUAAAAGGAAAAGGAUUUUAUUCAGAGCAUUUGGUUCCUGCUCUAGAUCUUAUUCCUAUAUCUAUGGUAAGUUCACAUUCGACUCGAGGGGCUGAUGAUAUAUAUGUGAACAGAUAUUUCAAGAACAAGGAAGAGUUGAUGUUAAAGAUGAGAAAGUGGGCACUUGAAUGGAAGUUUGAGUUCAGAUCUCUAUGGUCAAACAAAACGAGAGUUAUUUUGGGAUGUGUUCAUGAUAAAUGCAGUUGGAAAAUGCGUGCGACUAGGGUACUAUCAUCUGAAUUCUUUGUGGUGAAGAAGUAUUGUCAUGAACACAGUUGUGACACAACCCACAGGAAUGCAAACCAUAGACAAGCAACUGCAAAAUUGCUUGGGAGUUUUUACUGCAACAACUAUGGAGAAAAGAAAGUUGGACUGAAACCAAAACAGAUUAUGGAGUUGGUCAGAAAAGAUCAUGGAGUAUACAUACCAUACAAAAAAGCCUGGAGAGCAAAAGAGGAAGGUCAGAAUUUCGUUAGAAACACUGCUGAGGAUAGUCAUUUAAGUCUAGCGAAAUGGUUGUACAUGGCAAGGGAAAAAAAUCCAGGAACAGUUUCUUACCUUGAGUUGGAUCUUGUGGGGGAAUUCAAAUACGUGUUCAUCGCAUUUGGCCAGUCGAUUAGAGGUUUUUCUUUAAUGAGAAGAGUCAUUGCUGUUGAUGGUACAUUCCUAAAAGGAAAGUAUAAGGGAACUUUGCUUGCAGCUAGUGCACAAGAUGGAGAUUUUCACUUAUACCCGAUAGCAUUUGCAAUUGUUGAUUCAGAAAAUGAUAUUGCAUGGAAUUGGUUCUUUAGGUGUUUGCUCUCUAUCAUCCCUGAUGCACCGGAUUUGGUAUUCGUUUCUGACCGUGCUCAAUCCAUUGAAAAAGCAAUUUCAGAAUUGUAUCCAGCAUCCCAUCAUGGCAUUUGCAGAUUUCAUCUCCUAAACAACAUCAAAGUAAAGUUCAGGAGUAAAAGUUUCCUGCCUCUUUUCGAAGCAGCAGCUAAUGCUUAUACGUUUCAGGAAUUUGAAGUUUUAUUUAGGGAUAUACAUAAUUCUAAUCCAAAACUGGCCAAAUAUUUAGAAGAUGCUGAUUUCAAGAAGUGGGCUCGUUGUUAUGCACCAUCAAACCGCUACAAUAUUAUGACAACCAACAUUGCUGAGUCAUUGAAUUCCAUGUUAAAGGAUCUUCGGGAGCUGCCAGUGAUUUCACUUCUUGAGACAAUCAGGACAAUCCUUACAACAUGGUUUCAUGAGCGACGGGAAAAAGCUUCCAAGCACAACAAGCAUGCUACACCAAAUGUUACAAAGGAGAUUGUAUUAAGGUUCAAUGAUGCAAUGAAACAAGAUGUUUUUCAAGUGGAUCAACAUGAGUUUGAGGUCAAAGACGAUAAGAAUAAGUUUGUUGUUCACCUAAAGAACAAGACUUGUACGUGCUGUGUCUUUGACAUUGAUAGAAUUCCUUGCAUUCACGCCAUUGCUGCUGCAAAGCGUACAAAUAUGGAUGAAUACAAACUGGUUGAUCAUUUCUAUUUGACAGAUAUAUGGGCUAAAGCAUAUGCUGAGAGCAUUCAUCCGAGUGGAGAUGUAAAGAGUUGGGUAUUUCCAGAUUCUUUAGAUGUAUUCUUCUGUGCACCACCACAAACUAGGAUAAAGAGUGGGAGACCGCCAGAAAAGAGAAAGAGAUCAAUUGGAGAGUUUGGUGUACCAGGUUCUAAAUCUCAAAGAUAUAAGUGCGGCAGAUGUGGUAGAGAAGGACAUAAUAAAAGUACUUGCAGAUUCUCAAUAUGAUGAUUAUUAUGCAUUUAAUUUUUUUCAAUUGUUACUAGAUUUAUUCAAAAACACUCUAUAAACAUUUUUCAUGAAAGGUAUCAUGAGUUUCAAAGUGUUCUUUUAAAAAAAACAUUUUAGGACAGUGUAUGAUUAAAGAAAAACUAUAAAUGCGUAAUCUUAUUUUUGAUCA